AAAAUCCUGGGGUACUUCCUCUAACCGCAGUAAAAGGUACAGGUGGAUGCUCAUGUAUAGUGAUCUUAAUUCUGUUAGGUUUGUUUAUAUCUUUAGAUGAGGCACUGAAGUGGUUUAGUGAGCUUUCUCAGCCUUGUAUCACCUUACGAAACUAAGGUAUUCGGGCAGUAUACGUAUUGGCCAGUAACUGAAUUUUACUCAAGUUGACAAUAUCUCUAGCUGCAAUUUCUCAGUUUCUGUUUUCACACUGGGGGAGCUGAAGUUAAGCUGUUGAUCAGUAUGCAGCCAUCUUGAUGGACACGAGGAGUUCUUCAGAAUCCAUCUUUCAGUCUGGGAGUACUUCGUCAGUGGUGAAGUGUUCUAGCAAUCCUGGUCUGUGGAUGAUGAAUCUUUUACUAUGGCAAGUGAUCCCCUUGAAGGCUUCCAUGAGGUGAAUCUAGCUUCACCAACUACACCAGACCUUCUUGGAGUAUCUGAGGAGUACAGUGAUGACUUUUCUACCUCACCAUCCAUCAUCUACCGUGCUCACCCACCAAUAUGCUCUUCAUCUGCACAACCCAAUGCACUCAGUCCUUCAGAUCUUCCUACUCAGCCAGUGUAUUCAUCACCAAGACACCUAAAUAAUAGAGACGCUGCUAAUAGCAGUGCUGAUGAGUUGGAUUUUCAGUACACAAUACCAUGCUCAACUUCUGCCUUAGUACCUGGGUCAUGCAGACACCAAACUGUCAAAGACGCCACUAGUCUAGAGGCUGAAUUUUUAAAGAGUGCUAUAGUAACUGACACUGUUGAUGGAAAUGAUGAUAUUCUGGCAAGGAGUACAGACAGUCUAUCACACCUACGUAGCCCUUCUGUACUAGAAGUACGAGAAAAAGGAUAUGAAAGGCUGAAGGAAGAACUUGAUAAAGCUCAGAGGGAGCUGAAACUAAAAGAUGAAGAAUGUGAACGGCUAUCAAAAGUAAGGGAUCAGCUUGGCCAAGAACUGGAAGAACUGACAGCCAGCCUUUUUGAGGAAGCUCACAAGAUGGUGCGAGAAGCUAAUGAGAAGCAAGCCACAGCUGAGAAGCAGUUAAAAGAAGCCCAGGGAAAGAUUGAUGCACUACAAGCAGAAGUUGCUGCUUUGAAGACCUUGGUACUGUCUACUUCUCCAACAUCCCCUACUAAGGAGCUUCAGCCUUCUAUGAAAGUUCCAUUUAAAAAAGGACAUGCAAGAAAUAAAAGUACCAGCAGUGCUAUGAUUGGCACCCAUCAGGAACUCAGUGUACUGGAACCGAUUGUGAAAGAUUCUAAAGAGGCCGAUGUUCUACUUUUUAAUGAAUUUAGGUCAUGGAAGGAGGACCCAACUAUGGACAGAUCGUGUCCAUUUUUGGACAGAAUUUACAAAGAAGAAAUUGUCCCAUGUUUAACAUUCUCAAAAACUGAGCUGGCAGCUGCUAUCCUUGAUGCCGUGGAAAGAAACAAUCUGAGCAUUGAACCUGUUGGCUUUCAGCCUCUUCCAGUCGUUAAAGCUUCAGCUGUGGAGUGUGGGGGGCCAAAGAAAUGCGCCUUAAGUGGUCAGACAAAAACAUGCAAGCACAGAAUCAAGUUAGGGGACUCUGGCAAUUACUAUUAUAUUUCUCCCUUUUGUAGAUACAGGAUUACCUCUGUUUGCAACUUCUUUACAUACAUUCGGUAUAUUCAGCAAGGACUGCUAAAACAACAGGAUGUUGAACAAAUGUUUUGGGAAGUGAUACAGCUACGACGAGAAAUGUCUUUAUCAAAGCUUGGAUACUACAAGGAAGAAAUAUGAUACUUUUAAGAAAAUGCUUUAAUAUCAAUGUGUGUGAACACAAAUGGUUGGAAGGUUUACAGUAUGAAAUUUAUUUCAAAGGAACUGAAUUUGAGAUAGUUUUCCUUUCUUAAAAAUGCACUGACAAUUACUGUGAUGAUGAAGAUAAUAAUCUUUAAACCGACCUAUGCUGUAUAUGUUUAUCUAGAAUCGCUGAGUAAUAUGUCACGCACCUGCAGGUAUAAUGUGAUCAUGAAUUAUGAUUGCAGAGAAAGCUGCUGAAAUAAAUGCUAGAUUGAAGUUUGAGUACCCAAUUAUAA